AAAAAGGAUUUGGCGCGCAAACGUGUGCGAGGCCGGGACCAGCUGGGAACAAUAACAGUGCCUGAGUUCAGUGCAAGCGGAUCUGAGGGGCUCGGCUGAACUCGCUGGUGGAAAGACGCGCGGGAAAAAGCUGCAGCCGGAUUUUGGGGGGGGGGGGGGUAAUCUCGGAGAGACCUGAGCGGAGCAAGGCUGGGCAGCAAGGAAGUCGGCACUGGCUCGGAGAGCGUGGGUGGAAGAGUGCCCUGCGAUGUGCUGCUGUCUGUAACCCCCACCCUUCCUUUCCCUUCCGUUGCUUUUCCGAGAGGCGCCCAGAGACGACUCGCCGAUGUCCUGCACAGCCGCCCUGGUGCCCUCCCUCCUCGCUCUCGCCUUUCAACUUACGGCCCUGGCUGGCGCUGGACACAAUUUCCCGGGCCUCUGCUCUUAAAGAGGAUGGGGCGUGUUCCAUCCUACCAGCCUCUGCCAUCCGGUGUCUUCCUCCACCGCAGCGGCCGGGACGAUGGCAGUAGUCCGCUGAUGCGACUUUGAUUCCUGGGUGGGGGGCUCAAGACGGGGGACAGAGUUUUGAUUUCCUGCGGUGUGUGGAGGGGGCCAAACCCAGGCUCCCCCCACCCCCACCCACCCUUCCUCCAAGUUCUCGGGCAUGUGAGUCCCAGCGCUUUGUGCCAUGUCUCUGGAGGGGCUGGAAGUAACUCAGAAUGUGGCAGACCUGGAAGCCUUGCUGAGGGGAGCAGAGGCCAUCCAUGUUUUGGAACAGCAGAUUGUGAUCAUUUCCACUCCAGACCAACUCCCCGCGCCCGAAGGAGAGAACGACACCGAGCUGCUGCUCUUUGCCACUCCACAGCCCGCCCGAUUGGAGACCGUAACGCAGAGGCCUGCUCUAGAACGGCCACCGGUAAAACGGAAACUGAACUUGGAGACUGACCAUCAGUACAUUGCAGAAAAUGCUCAGGUGGCCCGAGGAAAAGCCAAACACCCUAUAAAAGGGUUAAAGUCUCCUGGAGAGAAAUCCCGCUACGAAACUUCUCUCAACCUGACCACCAAGCGCUUCUUAGAGCUAUUGAGUCAAUCUCCUGAUGGUGUUGUGGAUCUCAACUGGGCUGCUGAAGUGCUGAAGGUGCAGAAGAGGCGUAUCUAUGAUAUCACAAAUGUCCUGGAGGGCAUCCAGCUCAUCACCAAGAAAUCCAAGAAUCAUAUUCAGUGGCUGGGGAGCCGGUCUACUGUGGGGGGCACCAGCAAGAGCCAAGAGUUAAUGAAGGAACUCCAGGAUCUUCAGGCAGCAGAACAGCACCUGGACAGCCUCAUCCAGAUGUGUACUACUCAAUUCAAGAUCCUCACUGAGGAGCCUGAAAACAAGGAUUCAGCUUAUGUGACUUGCCAAGAUCUUCGCAGCAUUGCAGACCCCUCAGAGCAGCUGGUGAUGGUGAUCAAAGCCCCCCCAGAGACACAGAUGCAAGUGUCUGACCCUGCAGAGGCUUUCCAGAUUGCUGUGAAAAGUACUCAGGGCCCUGUUGAUGUGUUCCUAUGCCCUGAAGAGAGCUCUGGUGUUUGCAGUCCAACCAAGAGUCCAUUGAAAGUGGCUACUGAGGAACCUUCUCCAGAAUCUUCACAAACAGCAACCUCUGUGCUUAUCUACCCUUCCCAGGAUACGAAUUUGCCAUUGCUGAGUGGAGACCAAGAACCUUUGUUAUCUGGAGAGACUACACUGCCUCUGAAGUGUCCCGGGGAUGAUGUAAACCUCUCACCACUGGCUUCUGUGGAUGCCUUGCUUCUGCAGGGCAAGGAUGACUUCUCAAGUUUUCUGCCCUCUGAAUUCAUUGCACUUUCACCACCCCAGACUCAGGACUAUCAUUUUGGGCUCGAGGAGGGUGAAGGCAUCAGUGAGCUCUUUGACUGCGACUUUGGAGAUUUCGCUUCCUUGGAUUUCUGAGUAUCCUUGGGUUGGGGGAGAGGGGAGUGCCACCUGGCCAACUCUACCCCACCAUGGGAGAUCUUUUUGCAGCUGACAUCUGAAUAUAAUUCCAAGGCUAGCUGUGGCCUUCAGGACCAGUGUGCUGUAAAUCAGAUGCCAGGGAAGGAAAACGGCAGCUGCAAUGGGGCAUCGGUAACAGUGAGAGCACUCAGCUCCUGGAAGGGCUGCCUUAAUGCUGGCCAUCUCCCUGUAAUUGAGGGAGAUGGCUGUGAAGCUAAUUGCUGCUGUGAAUGUUGCAAGCCUGUUUUUGUGACCUGAUUGAGAGUCAGCAGGCAUCACCUCAAGCCUGCUGUGCCCAGGCCCAGAGUAGUAGUAAUACUUAGGAAUGGGUGAGUAGUGUCACCUUGAUUCUCUGGAGCCAUGUUUGGAAUCUGUAGGGAUAGUGCUAGUGAUGCUGUUGCAGCAGCCUAGUUAUUCUUGUUGAACCACUCCUUUCCCUGAAUUUCACUUUAGAUCACACUUAGCUGUGGGCAGGCCCCUUUUUUAUCAGGUGCUUAUUUUUCUAUGUUUUGAGCAAUUUCUCACCUUGCCUUAGAAAAACAAGGUGGUCAGAAGCUAUCCUUAGAAUGGAGGCCAUUCCAUUCCUUUCUCAGCAAACUGUUUGGGUUGUGUGGCAGAAGCGCUAUGCACAUUAUUGUGAGGGACAGCUUUCUGCCAGACAGCUGUAGGAGAAGGUGACCAGAAUGGUACUUCUCAGAACAGUCAGCAAUCCCCUAUCUUCCUACAAUCCAUCUCUUUCUGGUUGGCUGGCAUUUUUAACUUGUGAUCCAGGGCUGGGAAAAUCUUUUUGCUGGCAGAUUGUACACAAGGGAUAUCUAACCCAGUGGUCAAAGAAUGGCCAUGGGGAGGAGAGAAAGCCAACUGGAUGGAUAGGAUGGGUGAUAUGAUGGGAGCCUUUUGUUAAACAAGCUGCUCAAACUAGUGAAACAUAAUGGGUAACUGGAUGUGUCAGAAAAGUGGAUGGGCUUCCCCCCCCCCUUUUU